UACCCCCAGUCUCUCGCCAGCCGUUCCCAAGUCUGGAAACCUCACCAGCUUCCAAAAAAGCUGUGUUUCUGAAAGGAAAUAAAAAAAUUAAACAUUUAUGAAAAACAUAUAUAAAAAGUCGAAAUUGCGCGAAAAUACGUUGUAUAUUUACAAUUAUAUGAACGAUCCCGUUUGUCAUAUAGUCAUCUGUUUCUCCACUAAAAAUAUCUCGUACAAAUAGUGCUCGGUUUAAACUCGUAAAUUAAAUUUAAAUUAAACUAGAUUAAAUUUAAAGUAAAUAGAUUUUCGACACUUCGAGUAAGAAUAGAUAAAAUGUCAAAAAUCUCUCUGGACGGCUUUUUUUCCUACUGCAAGUCAAUAGCUGAGCAUAUCCAACUGGGCGAGAGAAUGGCGGCACUUUCCGGACAAGGGACCCCUAGGCUGACCUCCUCCGUGGGCAACCUCUACUAUGACUCCAUCCUGCCAUACCGCGAGGACUCCGGACCUCAAACGCGGGAGUUCCUGGCGCGUGUCGUGGACGUGCUGCUCGACUUCGUGCAGCAGGUCAACGACCGCAACGAGAAGAUCCUGGAGUUCAAGAUGCCUGAAGAGAUGCAGAAGCUGCUGGACCUGGAGCUGCGGGACGAGCCGCUGCCGCUGAAGCAGCUGCUGGAGGACUGCAAGGUCACCCUUAAGCAUCAGGUCAAGACUGGCCACCCCCACUUCUUCAACCAGCUGUCCUGCGGCUUGGACAUCAUCUCGCUGGCCGGCGAGUGGCUGACGGCCGCCGCCAACACCAACAUGUUUACGUACGAGAUAGCUCCCGUCUUCAUCCUCAUGGAGAAUGUGGUGCUGGAGAAGAUGAGAGCCAUGAUCGGGUGGAGCGACGGGGACUCCAUCCUUGCCCCUGGUGGCUCCGUGUCCAACCUGUACGCGUUCCUGGCGGCCAGGCACAACAUGUUCCCGCAGUACAAGGAGAAGGGGCUCUCCAGCAUCCCUGGACAUCUCGUCAUGUUCACCUCCGACCAGUGCCAUUACUCCGUGAAAUCCUGCGCGUCGGUCUGCGGCCUCGGGACUGACUACUGCAUCUCCGUGCCUUCUGACGAGCGCGGGCGCAUGAUCCCGGCCGAGCUGGAGCGGCGCGUGCGCGAGCAUAAGGACAAGGGGAACGUACCGUUCUUUGUGAACGCGACGUCCGGGACCACCGUGCUGGGAGCGUUCGACCCGCUGCCCGAGAUCGCCGACAUCUGCCAGAAAUACAACAUGUGGAUGCACGUCGAUGCUGCCUGGGGCGGCGGCUUGCUGUUCUCCAAGAAGUACCGUCAUCCGCGACUCACUGGCAUUGAGAGGGCUGACUCCGUGACAUGGAACCCCCACAAGCUGAUGGGCACUCUGCUGCAGUGCUCCACCGUACACUUCAAGAUACCCGGCAUCCUGUUGAGCUGCAACGAGAUGGCCGCCGAGUACCUCUUCAUGACCGACAAGAUCUACGACCCUCGCUUCGACACCGGUGACAAGGUCAUCCAGUGUGGACGCCAUAACGACAUCUUCAAGCUGUGGCUGCAGUGGCGUGGGAAGGGUACGUCAGGCUUCGAGCGCCUCAUGGACCGGCUGAUGGAGCUCUCCGAGUACAUGGUGCGCCGCAUCCGCGAGCAGAGCGACAAGUUCCACCUGAUCCUGGAGCCCGAGCUCGUCAACGUCAGCUUCUGGUACCUGCCGCGCCAGCUGCGAGGAGUGCCGCAUGAUCAGAAGAAGGAGAUCCUGCUUGGCAAGGUAUGCGCGAAGCUGAAGGGGCGCAUGAUGCAGGCCGGCACCAUCAUGGUGGGCUACCAGCCGGACGACCGGCGCCCCAACUUUUUCCGGAACAUCAUCAGCUCGGCCGCCGUCACCGAGAAGGACGUCGACUUCCUGCUCGCCGAGAUGGACCGGCUGGGGCACGACAUCGUUGUGGACUAAACUGGAUACUUUAGCUUUCAACGGACCGAGAUUUAUUUUUCUUCUACAGAUCUGAUAUUUGCACAAGGUUAAAGCUUGUAAUAGCUAGCAGUUAAUAACCGAGAUACUGCGAGAUACUACGAGAUACAGCUAGUAGUUAGUUACCGAGAUACUGCGAGAUACUACGAGAUACAGCUAGUAGUUAACUCUGUCAAAAAAUCUAAAUACGGUCCGUUGAAAAUACCUAUAGAUACGUCAAGAACUAUGGUUUCCCUUCCAAUGAAUAAGUAGCGUUUGACUUGUAUUAAUAAACGUUAGUUUUUUCAUUAGUCAAUAUCGGUCAAUGCCACGAACUCGACACAAAAAUAGAACAUUACCAAAUCUGUGCGAGUCAUAUCUUUUCACUUAAAAAAAGAAGUAUCUUUUUUUGGUCCUUUUUUUGCUGUAGAAGUCUAAUAGAAAAAAUAAAAAAAAAUUAAAUCAGAACUAGAUGGCGCCACAUGUUUUGUGGUUAUGCUGGUUAUGAAAUUGAAAUUAGUUACUAUUAUUGGACGAGAUGGCGUUGUUAAGCUUUAUAAACUAAAAAAUUAUAGCUUUGUGUUGAAUUGUUAACUUUAACUUAGUAGACAUUAUAAUAAGCUUUUGGUGCGUAUUUUAACGGGGUAUUGGCUGUAUUGCCUCCAGUAGGGAUCUUCAGAGCUAAGUACAUGUAAUGUAGUAUUUAAAUUCGAAAUUAACCUUCGUUUCAAGACUAGGAUUGGGGAGAGUACGGUUUAGAUGCGCUAUUUUCAGGCAGAUCCUUGUUGAAGUCUAUAAAUAUAUCGAUAAUAUGUAAGAAAAAAUAUAUAAAUACAAUUCCAAAGUUGAUAUUGACGUUUAUAUAUGUAUCGUUAAAAUAAAAUUCUAAUAAAUAUAUUGACAAA